GGCAGCGUUCAGAGGUCAGCCCCAGUCAGCUGCUGCCCUGUGAAAAAAAACCAUCCAGCACGGUGCUGAGCUGCUUCUUCAUGCACACCAGAGCCCCAUUGCCAGCACAGUGGACCCACAGUGGACACAAUGUGGUCCAGGAAUGAACACUGGCUCAACUGACAGAAGAAGCAGUGUGGAGGACUUGGUAAAAAUCUACCUUAAUUUCUGUGCUACGCAGGGAGAACAUGCCUAAAUAAUGAAGAUGUUCAUGUGUAGACCUGGACGGCCCCCUUCUGACAAGGCUUUUUGCAUCUUGAUGGUAGCUGCUGGAUUUUUCCUUCUUGCAGAAACACGUUCUCUGCGUGAUGAAAGACUGGAUUUACUGGGAAGGAAUAAGUACGCGUCUCUGAUCAACUACAGCAUUCCUGAGCUAUGUCAGUUCACUGUGUGCAUUGAUCUAAACCGGACUGCUAACACAAGCUCUUGGGCAGCAUUUUCCUAUGAUACUAGCAGCACAGUCACUGACAUAAAUGACUUAGAGCUUGGUCUCUCUGGAGAAAACAAGCAGUUGAGAGUAUAUCUUUUUGGCACCAGUCGAAACAUUGGUGUUGAUUUAGCCCUUUGCACAUGGUAUAGCAUGUGCUUCUUAUGGGACAACAGAAAACAACUGCUGGAGGUCUACUGUAAUGGUAAUCUCAUACAUAAUGAAACCAUAGACAGCACUGAGUGCCUGAAACCCAAUGGAAGCCUGGUGCUGGGUCAACUGUAUAAAAGAAAGGAUGGAUUUACUGUACGAGAAAGCAACAGCUUCAUUGGCAGCUUGUACUACUUCCAAAUGUGGGACACUGUGAUGCAUCAGGAAAAGUUACUGGACUGUGCUGAGGGCAAUAUUGUCAGCUGGAAGGAAGAGUACUGGGACUUCCCCAUCCAUCCAAUUGCUGACCAGCGCCUGCGCUGUGCUGCCUCAGGUGAAGCAUCAUCAACCAUGGCUCCUACGUUGCCACUGUUAUCUCCGACCAAUAGUGCCAAUGUUACCAUUGCAUUCAGCUUCUAUAAUGUUGACAUGAACUUUUCUCUUUUCUACAAAACUGAGAGAGCUCCCGAUUACUAUGAUGCAAGGAAGCUUAUAGAAAACUGGUUUAAUAUCAUAUUCACUGGAGGAGAAUUUGUUGUGACAAACUUUAAAGUCAGGGCUAAUUCUCCACAAAGCAGUGUCUAUAAGAUGACCCAAGUAACGCAGAUGUCACAAAGCUAUGUCUGUAAGGCCAUAAUAAAGACCACAUCACUUGAAACACAAGAAGUGCUGAUUCUCAAGAUAAAGCUGUUAUUGAACGACACUUACGAAGAUGGACUGUUAUCAUUAUAUGUGAAACCUGAAGAUGUGGCUGUCAGACCAAUAGUACUAAUGGACUGUCCAGAGAGCUUUUCACAGACAAAAUACAAGGGUAGUUAUUACUGGCCACUAACAAGUCCAGCUACCAAAGCUGAGGUCAACUGCAGCAAAAACCCUCUGGAGUCAGCUCAAAGGAGUUGUGGAAUUAACAUUGAUCUUGAGCAAGCUUUUUGGGAAAAACCCAAUAUGACUGAAUGUAGAUUACUGGAGGAACUUCCAAAUAAUAUUUUAGAUCUUCACAAUAUCACCAUAACAGACGAGAAUGCACAAGAUGUUAUACAGCAUAUUUUAGAUCUCUUGCUGGAUGCAACACUGGAUAUGAAAGAAUUAGAAAUCAUUGCAAAUAAAAUUUCUGAUGUUGUGAAUUUAGAAGAUAUAAGUGUGACACUUGCAGAGGAUAUAUUGACUAUAUUGAACUAUAUUUUACUUCAAGAGAUGGAAGAUCAGAACAUUAGAAAAAUGACCAAUAUUAUCCUGGAGACAACUGAGAAGAUAGGCUAUAAGAUGGCUUACACAGAAAGAAACGCAUCAGUCGUAACCACGUCUUUGGCUUUGCUGGUGAUGCGUCCAGAUCCCAGUGUAUUUGAAGGACUGGCCUUUGGUAUCACCUCAUAUGACCAAGGAGUGGAUCUCAAGAUCAAUGUUCAAGAAAACUCCUUCAAAAAGGCCUUGGCCUCAGUGUUUUUGCCAAAAUCACUGAAGACGUUCUUAGGGGACAAGUACUCCGACCCAGAAAAGCAUCCAAAAAUCCAGUUUAAUUUUUUUGGCACGACUUCACUUUUUGUGGAUGACAGUUUACAAAAGGAGAGGCUGAACACUUAUGUUGUGAGUGCCAGCAUUGAAAAUUCACUGAUUCAGAACCUUAAUGAACCUGUGAAUAUAACUCUUCAGCACCUAGACCAAAAUACGGGUAAUGCAGCAGUGCACUGCGCCUUUUGGGAUUUUCAGAAGAACAAUGGACUGGGUGGUUGGAAUACAUCAGGGUGUGAAAUGGAAUAUACAGAUAUGAAUUACACAAUCUGUUUUUGUAACCAUCUUACCCAUUUUGGAGUCUUGCUGGACUUGUCCCGGACAGAGAUAGAUACCAAAAAUGAUCGUGUAUUAACUCUGAUAAGCUAUGCAGGAUGUGGUGCUUCUUCCCUUUUUUUGGGUAUAACGCUGGUGACAUAUCUAGCCUUUGAAAAGCUGCGGAGGGACAAUCCUGCAAAAAUUCUGCUAAAUCUUUGUGCCACACUGCUGAUGUUGAACUUGGUCUUCCUGGUCAAUCCCUGGCUGUCCUCACUCAACCAGCCAGGUCUCUGUAUCACCGUAGCUGCGCUCCUUCACUAUUUCCUGCUUGCAGCUUUCACAUGGAUGUGCCUGGAGUCUGUUCACUUUUACUUGUCUCUUGUUAAAGUUUUCAAUAUUUACAUCCCAAAAUACAUCCUAAAAUGCUGCAUUGCUGGAUGGGGAAUACCAGCUAUUGUAAUUAUUACUGUACUCAUUAUAAAUAAAGAAUUCUAUGGCGGUGGAUCACAGUCUGAGAACAAUCCGUUCAGCAAUUUUUGCUGGAUUCAAGAUAAUACAGUGUUUUACAUCUCCGUUGUGGCCUAUAUCUUCUUAGCAUUUUUGAUGAAUACAGCCAUGUUCAUCACAGUUCUCCUUCAAGUCCACUCUGUGAAAUCAAGGACACAAAAGAGACACAGAUUCUGGAAGCAGGUUUUUCUCCAGGAUGUCAAAAGUGCCUUCAGUUUGAUGUUCCUUUUGGGCUUAACUUGGGGCUUUGCUUUUUUUGCCUGGGGAGCAGUAAGAAUAUUUUUCUUGUAUCUCUUCAGCAUUUUUAACAGCUUGCAAGGAUUCUUUAUUUUUGUGUUUCAUUGCCUAAUGAAGGAUGAUGUAAUGAAGCAGUGCCAGGUGCACUUUUGUUGGAGAUUUAAUCAGAAGAAUUAUUCUGACUGGAGUGGAUCAAGUGCAUCUACACCAAGGAAUUUAAACCACCGACACCCUUCCCCAGCUUUGUGGAAUCUAAAUUCCAAAGGAACAAGCUCAACUUUGAGUGGCUCAGAUUUCUUCUCUAGGACUUCUCCGGAUAUGAGUUUUAGGAUAGCUGAAGUUCAUUACAACCCAACUGCUAUAACUCCAGAAGAUGAUAAGGCCAAGCAUCCUUAUUCACAAAGAAUAUCAUCCAUGGAUAAAAAGCUCCACUAUCCACAGACAGCAAGAUUUUUUCAUUGAUACUGAAUUCGUUUUCUUCUGAUUCUCUAAUGAUGUUGUUUUUUUGUGGCAUGUAGAAAUAAACAUUGAUCUAAAUAAUUACUUUUAGUGUACAAUUAUCACUCUGCACACAGUUACAGAGCUAAACCCUCCCAUGAUUCAACUAUCUAGGCUUCAGUGGCAGGACACUACUGACCACUUAAGAAUAUGGUCCCCCUGUGUUUCUUAGAUUAGCUGUCAUAUUAAACAGUGACUGGAAACUUUCUCUUCCUUGUCAUUUCACUUCUCACAGUCUGUCCUCAGUCUUAUUUUUGAGCCUGUUAGCUGGCUAUCUCUGGCAUAGGUGUCUAGGUUCCUCAGUGACCAUCUUUCCUUGCUUUUUUAAAAUGGACUCUGACCAACUUACACAAAUUGGACUCAGCUUUCCAAGAUGUUCCUGUCAAUUGUAUGUUUUUGUUUUCAGAUGUAUUGGCACUCCUGCCGUAGAUUUAGAACUCUAAAGAGGAGUCUAUCACUUAAAUGUUGGAAAACAUUGCCCAGUACCCUAAAAUGGAAUGUAAAAUCAAGAAAAAUUGAAAUUCCAACCUGUAAUGGAUAUCCACAUGUAUGAUGAAUGUAUCUGAUUACAUCUCUUGGAAAAAAAAAAAAAAAAAAAAAAAAAAAAAGCAGAUAAAAUCCUAUCAUUUUAGAAUUUUGGAGGUGGCAAUUAAGAAGUUUGCCCUUUACUAAUACUCUGAAUACAGCAGGAAGAAAAGUCCAUGUCAUAACAUCACAACAGGAGAGCAUUACAGGUUGGAAUGAAACUGCUUGCCAUUUGCUGCCAGUAUCAGCAACCACUUCUGCCCUUUGUUUGUGACCUGACUGCAGCUCACACUCAAUGUCUGCAGCAGUCUCUUGAAUAACUGCAGCAAGAGUUGGAUCAGAUUUGUGGUUGUAAAAGAGGGAAUUUGAUCAGAGUAGUGGUAAGAAGAAAUGUACCAUCCUGACUACUGGGAGACAUAGCUUUCCUCUCUUACUGAAGAAGGUCUUUAAUUUCAACAAGUGUGCUUGAAUCAGUAACUUGCCUGCUUAACCAAAUGCUAGUUUCAAUUCUGAAUGCCCUUCUCUGUAUCAUUCAAGUAAAGAUUUUUUGGAUGAUUGCUAAUAUAGUAAAAUACUAACUGGUACCAAUGGCAGAGAAGAAAAAAAAAUAAUGGAAUGUUGUCUUAGAGCUGGUAUGUACGACAGCAAAUACAAAAGGUUCUUUCAUUCUGUGAAUAACUCCCACACAGCAAUUAGUGGAAAAGAUGAAUAUUUCAAUGUACAGUAGCUACAGCCAGCCUACUUGAAAUUAGACAGACCACCUUCAGAUCCUUGGCUUUCUGGGAGAAAUGUUAGCAGUAAAAACAGCCAAGCAAGUUCCACCUAGUACCCACUUGUUUGUAACAUGAAAUUGCUUUUAAUGAGGA